AUUUAUAUAAUUCUUCACUUUCAUUAUUUUCAAAAUAUAGAAAACCCAAACCAAAACCCAUUUUUCUGGAUUGUGAAGUAGCGUAUUGAGAGAAACACACAGCAAAAUUAACACCACCGUUACCUUUUUCUCCUCGAUUUCCAUUUCCGGGCACUGCUGACAUAAAAAAUAUUGCUCCAUUGAAGUCUUUAGUUUAGAAAAUGGAGAUGGCGCUCAGCAUGUUGUGCUUAGUGAUUUCCUCCACCAACUGAAGCCCAUUGUGUUCACAUGUCAACGAACUGUUGAUCUUCCGGAAUUAGUGCCAGCUGUGAAUACAGUCAUUGAAGUAGACUUAUUGCCCAAUUUGGGGUAGCAAUGGCUCCUGGGGGUAGUGCUUGCAAAGAGGUUCUUGAAUCUCAUCCAGCAAUUUCAGAUUAUGAAAUUGGAACAGCAAAAACAGAGAAUAGUAGUACAGUAACAAAAGGUUUAGGUGGAAAGCAAGGACUUUAUUCGAACAACGGUGUGCAUGAGCUCCUUGAGUGCCCUGUCUGCACAAAUUUAAUGUAUCCUCCAAUUCACCAGUGCCCAAAUGGACAUACAUUAUGCUCAAACUGCAAGAGUAGAGUGCAUAAUUGUUGCCCUACUUGUCGCUAUGAUCUCGGAAAUAUAAGGUGUUUAGCUUUGGAGAAAGUUGCAGAAUCACUAGAACUGCCCUGUAAGUACCAGGACUUGGGAUGUCAUGAUAUUUUCCCAUAUUACAGCAAACUCAAGCAUGAGCAACACUGUCGGUUCCGUCCAUACAGUUGCCCUUAUGCUGGCUCUGAGUGCUCCAUCACAGGUGACAUCCCAACACUAGUUGCCCAUCUCAAGGAUGACCACAAGGUUGACAUGCAUGAUGGGUGUACCUUCAAUCAUCGCUAUGUCAAAUCAAAUCCACAUGAAGUUGAAAAUGCCACAUGGAUGCUAACUGUUUUCAACUGUUUUGGAAGACAGUUCUGCUUGCAUUUUGAGGCUUUCCAGAUAGGUAUGGCACCAGUGUAUAUGGCCUUCUUACGUUUUAUGGGUGAUGAUAAUGAAGCAAAGAAAUUUAGCUACAGCUUAGAAGUUGGUGGGAAUGGCCGCAAGCUAAUAUGGCAGGGAAUUCCCAGGAGCAUUCGUGACAGUCACAGGAAAGUUCGUGAUAGCCAGGAUGGGCUGAUUAUUCAGAGGAGUUUGGCUCUUUAUUUUUCUGGCGGGGAUAGGCAAGAGCUUAAAUUGAGGAUUACAGGCCGUAUAUGGAAAGAAGAAUGAGAUGUGGAUUGGUGAUGUCCAGUUCAUUGUACAGUUUGCAAAAUUUAUGAAAUGCAGGAGUUUCUCCAUGUAGCAGGAUGAAGCUCCCAGCUAUCCUGAUUGGUUUUGCUGUUCGGUUUACAUGGUGUUUAUGAUUGGGCUAGGUUCUUCUUCAGUCUAUUGUGAGCUCAGAACUCCAUGGAGCAGAUUCCAGUCGGGAGUGUAGGAAUUGGAAAUCCAGUGUUAAUUCAAUGGCUGGGAAAUCCAAACAUACAGCAAAAUGAAUGUGCUGUUAAUCAUCUUGUUGAACCUAUUGAUGUUCUCUUACUGUUUCUGUUUUAUGUACCAUAUGCCCUGAUUGAAUUGAGAAGAAAUAAAGAUCAAGUCUCUCUGUGCACGCCUA